AUGGUGGGUCUGAAGCCCCCCGAGGUGCCCCCCCCGACCGCCGUGAAGUUCCUCAGCGCCGGCACCGCUGCCUGCAUCGCAGACCUCUGCACCUUCCCCCUGGACACGGCCAAAGUGCGGCUGCAGAUCCAAGGGGAGGUGCGGCACCCCCGGGCCCCCAACGCCGUGGAGUACCGAGGGGUGUGGGGGACGCUGAGCACCAUGGUGAGGACCGAGGGUCCUCGCAGCCUCUACCGGGGACUGGCGGCAGGGCUGCAGCGCCAGAUGAGCUUCGCCUCCAUCCGCAUUGGCCUCUACGACUCCGUGAAGCAGCUCUACACCCCCAAGGGGGCUGAGAGCUCGGGGCUGGGCACACGGCUGCUGGCAGGCUGCACCACCGGCGCCGUGGCGGUGGCCUGCGCCCAGCCGACCGACGUGGUGAAGGUUCGGUUCCAGGCCAGCGCCGCCAGGCCCCACGCCGCUCUCCGCUACAGCGGCACCUGGGACGCCUACAGGACCAUCGCCAGGGAGGAGGGGAUCCGGGGGCUCUGGAGAGGGUCCCUGCCCAACAUCGCUCGCAAUGCCAUCGUCAACUGCGGGGAGAUGGUCACCUACGACCUGCUUAAGGAUGCCCUGCUGCAGGGCCACCUGAUGGCAGACAACAUCCCCUGCCACUUCGUGGCCGCCUUCGGGGCCGGGUUCUGCGCCACGGUGGUGGCGUCGCCGGUGGAUGUGGUCAAGACUCGGUACAUGAACGCCGGCCCCGGGCAGUACCGCAACGUCCUCAGCUGCCUGCUGGCGCUGCUCAGGCAGGAUGGGCUCCCGGGGCUCUACAAGGGCUUCCUCCCCUCCUUCCUGCGCCUGGGCUGCUGGAACGUGGUGAUGUUCAUCUGCUACGAGCAGCUCCAGCGUGCCCUGCUCUUGGCCAGACCUGCCCCAGCCUGAGCAAGCCCCCAGGCCCUGCUCCUGCUCAUCAGCUCCACGAGAGCCAGCAGUUAAUUACAUUAAUUAACCAAGCUGUGGGAAGAGCAAGUGAUGGCCAAGGAGGACCCAGCCCAGGGGGGACCUCCCCCCUGCCCAGAGGAGGAGAAGUGAAGAAGUCUGUGGAGGAAGGAGGCAGAAGGAAGGUUUCCAGAGAGGAGUUGGUGGUUGGAGGUUCUCUAGAAGAAGACCAAGGUGGGAUGGAGGUGAGGGAUGGGGGAUGUGGUGAUUCCUGGUAUUCCUUAGGGAUGCUUCCCAAUAAACCACCCCUAUGGGGUCUGA